GUGAUCGGAAGGAACCAUUUCCGGUUCUAGCUCUUGGGCUGAAAAGGUAGAUUUCGGUGACAAAUCUUCCAUGACAGGGAAGGGGCGAGUACGGUUCCGGAGUCUGAAGUGAGAAGGUGGAUUGGUGACCCGAUGGUGAGAUGCCGGAAGAAUUACUUCUGCCAUUCGAGUGGAUUAUAAAUGAUCUAGAACUGAAGGCAGGGUGUGCAAAGACUAGAGGUGCUGUCUCCGGAAAAGACCAACAUCUACGGAGACCUUAUGCGUUUAUCUCAUCCAGCACUGAUUUUACGUUUGUUGUGAAGAAUUCUCUUCACUGUGCAUGGACAGAAAGCCAAUGCGUAGGUGUCUCAGCACUCGCCCAGGUGAGACGGGUAUGGAUGUGACGAGCCGUUGCACCCUGGGAGACCCCAACAAGCUGCCAGAGGGGGUUCCUCAGCCAGCCCGCAUGCCUUAUGUCUCAGACAAACAUCCACGGCAGACUCUUGAAGUCAUCAACCUCUUGCGCAAGCACCGAGAGCUCUGCGAUGUUGUGCUUGUGGUUGGUACUAAGAAAAUCUAUGCACAUCGCGUCAUCCUUUCUGCCUGCAGCCCUUACUUUCGGGCCAUGUUCACAGGAGAGUUGGCUGAAAGUCGGCAAACAGAGGUUGUUAUCCGGGAUAUUGAUGAGCGAGCCAUGGAACUACUGAUAGACUUCUCAUACACCUCACAAAUCACGGUAGAAGAAGGCAAUGUACAGACCCUUCUUCCAGCUGCUUGUCUACUUCAACUCGCAGAGAUUCAGGAAGCUUGCUGUGAAUUCUUAAAGAGACAGCUUGAUCCAUCCAAUUGCCUGGGUAUCAGAGCCUUUGCUGAUACACAUUCAUGCCGAGAGUUGCUGAGGAUUGCAGAUAAGUUUACACAGCAUAACUUCCAAGAGGUAAUGGAAAGUGAGGAGUUUAUGCUACUCCCAGCCAAUCAACUGAUAGAUAUAAUUUCCAGCGAUGAACUCAAUGUACGUAGUGAAGAGCAAGUAUUCAAUGCAGUUAUGGCAUGGGUCAAAUACAGCAUUCAGGAGCGUAGACCUCAGUUGCCACAGGUUCUGCAACAUGUCCGUUUGCCGCUGCUGAGUCCAAAAUUUUUAGUUGGGACAGUGGGGUCUGAUCCUUUAAUCAAAAGUGAUGAAGAGUGCAGGGAUCUAGUGGAUGAAGCCAAGAAUUACCUUCUCUUGCCUCAGGAGCGACCUCUUAUGCAAGGUCCCCGGACUAGACCUCGUAAACCCAUCCGCUGCGGAGAAGUGCUGUUUGCAGUGGGAGGUUGGUGUAGUGGAGAUGCCAUUUCAAGUGUAGAGCGCUAUGAUCCUCAAACCAAUGAGUGGCGGAUGGUGGCCUCUAUGAGCAAACGGCGUUGUGGGGUUGGAGUCAGUGUCUUAGAUGACCUACUAUAUGCAGUUGGUGGCCAUGAUGGAUCUUCGUACCUCAACAGUGUUGAAAGGUAUGACCCAAAGACUAAUCAGUGGAGCAGCGAUGUGGCUCCCACCAGCACUUGCCGGACAAGCGUUGGCGUUGCGGUGCUUGGAGGAUAUCUUUAUGCUGUUGGGGGUCAGGAUGGUGUUUCUUGCCUCAAUAUUGUGGAAAGGUACGACCCAAAGGAGAAUAAAUGGACUCGUGUUGCUUCAAUGAGCACCAGAAGACUUGGAGUGGCUGUUGCUGUUCUUGGGGGUUUCCUAUAUGCCGUAGGAGGGUCUGACGGGACAUCUCCUCUCAAUACUGUGGAGCGGUAUAAUCCUCAGGAAAACCGUUGGCACACAAUCGCACCUAUGGGCACACGCCGCAAACACCUAGGCUGUGCCGUGUACCAGGACAUGAUUUAUGCAGUAGGCGGCAGAGAUGACACAACUGAACUCAGCAGUGCAGAGAGGUACAAUCCAAGAACUAACCAGUGGUCACCAGUGGUAGCCAUGACUUCCCGUCGGAGUGGGGUUGGGUUGGCUGUUGUAAACGGACAGCUUAUGGCUGUAGGUGGCUUUGAUGGCACUACCUAUCUAAAGACAAUAGAGGUUUUUGAUCCAGAUGCGAACACUUGGAGGUUGUAUGGUGGCAUGAAUUACCGGCGUCUGGGAGGCGGUGUUGGUGUUAUCAAAAUGACACACUGUGAAUCGCACAUCUGGUAAUCAACCUGAGGGGGAAAAAAAAGAAUCAAGCUUGGCUGAGCCAGUCUUAUGUUCACUCCCUGAGAUUUCCAGCUCCACUAAUGCAAUGCUCCUAAUUGGUCGUUUAACCAAUAACCCACCAAGAAAACCUUUUGAAUUGCUAAUCAUAUUUUAGUUAUAUUCUCUCCUCCUCCACUGAUUAGUGAAAGUAAAUUUUGAGUUUAUUUAUAUUUUUAUAUAAUUAUUUAUCCAAUUUUGUGCAAACACAGCCUUUAUUUGAAGGAAGUCAGAUAUUUUGGGUUUCUUAGUAGGAUGUGUUGCCGUCAUGCUAGACAACCGUUGGUUCUUAGCCAGUCUGUUGUGUAGCUUUCCCUGAAUUAAUCUACAAAAAAACAUUUUAAUCAGAUUUUAUUUGGUAUGAGAGAAAAAUCUGGAGCUGCACUGGUUUUAGGUAAUGAAGAUUUUUCAUCAAGUCUACUUUAAUGGUCAAGGCACCACCAAAUGAAACCUGAAGAUGGAGAAUAGCAUCCUAUAUAAAUUGGCGGAACACAACGUGGAGAUCUGUUCAGGAGUUGGUUCCAUCCGCAUACAGUUAUGUAGCUGCUUACAGUUUGGCAUGUCCUCUUUAAUUAAGCUGUGCGACCUUUGGGUUAUUGGAUACAUUUUUAACAGUAACAUUUAAUGAGUGCAUUCAAGUUGAUUCUUUCUGCCAACAGCCCGCAGCCCCUGCGUUAGGAGUGAAACAAUGGAUACAUACCUGUAAGCUUGCAAAGCAAAGACUUUAAAGACUCUGUCCACCAGGACACAAAUAUUGCAACAGAACCAUUCUGCAAGGAAGGUCUGAUAAUAUCUGAAAUGCCGGCUUUUUAAAAACCUAAUCUGAUGCUGCAGUACAUGCUUUGUAAAGCUAUGUGCACUAAAGUCUAUCCCGAUAUUUCCCUUGUGCCUAUAAAGCCUGCUGCUGCACUGAUUUCUACAUUUUGAAUUCAUCCCUCCAUGAGUUAACUUCUGUGUAAUUUAUGCAUACCAUGGGGGGGAAAAAAACCCAAAAAGGAGACCAUAGAUGUGGUUAGUAUGGAGGAGAACACUUGGACUAACAUUUUGCUACAUUCAUCACUCAGAGAGACUUGGUUAUGCUAUGAAGAAAGACCAAUUGACCACCGGGUGGAAUGAACAGUUGCUUUCUGUUUUUUGUUUUGUUUUGUUUUGUUUUUUUGGGUUUUUUUUUUAAUCCGCAAAAAUGGGCAAGGUAAACACAUUUUAAUGCAGAGGAAUAUUUCAAAGUCAAGUGCCAACAUUAAAGUACCAAGAGUUUAAGGGUUUGGAAUACAGAAGCGGUUGCAUGUGUGUAAUGCUAAUUUGUGACAACUCAAAAAAAAAAAUAUUUUACCCUCUUGACUUGAUAGUAUUUUCUCCCAGUGGUAGAACUCUGUAUUAUUUUAUUAAAUUUAAUUUAUAUACAGAUAAUGAUCUGCCUACAUUUUACACUAGCUUAAGUAAUUUGAGUAUGAAUCUUAAUAAAAGUCUUGUAAAAACGAUGCUGAAAAAAAUGAAUUCUAAUGACAUCUCUCACUGAACAGUAAGACCAUGGUGAUUUGGCAUCUCAAGUGCUAUGGGGCAGUUCUUUGAAUUAUAGCUAUUCUGAAUAGAAUAAAGUUCUUAUUGUGUUGUGUUUUUUUUGUAUACCUGAUAUGUUCAGUAUGGUUAGUUAAAAUAUUCCACAGAAGGUGACAGAAUAGCUUUAAUUGUGGUGUCUCCAUAAUGCCCGAAGCACUUUUAAAAUUAACAAUGCUUUCCUUAUUAACAGUUUCACUGCUGACUUAAGUUGUGGUGCCUCAACAUUAAAAUUUUCACUCCCAUCUUUGUAAAAGUUUAUUAAAUUUAAGGAAACUUAAAGAAACUCUAUAGUGUCAGGGAUACAAACAUGUACUCCUGUCACUAUAAUGGUAAAAUAACAAUUUAGGUUCUGGCCACCUUGAUUUACACACCUUUUUUGCAGUGCUGUGCAGGCCUCCUUGCGGCUCAUCCUGCCCCAAAAUUUGAUGAACCCAGCCAAUCCAAUGCUUUCCCUUAGUGUAGUGGGAGGCUAUUGCACAUGCGAGGCAAAACGCCACCUAGGCAGGAAUGUAAGCACUGCAGGGC